AUGCAUAAGGGGGCGAAGUCCCUCACAGGUCGAUCAAAUCUGCUCUUCCUGCUUCAUCACGACCUCCCCAUGCUCUAUCAUGGUUUCUCCGUGCAUAAUUUCCACGCCUUCGUCGAACUCAUCCCCGAUCUCACUACGGAUAUCAUCUUGCCAGUCGUAGGUGUCGGUGCCUGUAUACUCCCCAGCAGCUGGAGUAGUAACUCCGAAGCGCAAGUUACGCGGUUUCCAGUAUCGAGUGUCGCCGCUGUCGUCGUUUAUAGCAAGCCAGACAUCCUCAGGAAGGGCAAGCCAGUCCUGCCAGUUGACAACUGUGGGCCAGCCGAAGGACUCUUCUUUGUUCACGAGGAUGUCCGAAUGCCUGAUGAAUGCAUAAGCCAGGUUUGUGAGAAUGUGGUGAAGCUGGAUUGCCUCUUCGACGUUGAGAACCAUAGUGGCGUCAUUGAAGUUGGGGUCGAGAACAUACCUUCUUGGCUCAGGGGCUCGAACAGUUGGCGAGGGAUUAGAAGGUCCCAUCUUGUUCGUCGAUACAAUUCCAAGAUAGAACGAAGGAUUGGAGGAGAAGAAAGGUUGCUAUAGUCGCGUG